CCGUCGACUCGACCGCCCAGCACUACCGACCUGACAAACAACCGUUGCAAUGGUGCGAGCCGCAGCUACUGUGGCUAUGGCCUUAGCCACACUGCUGGUCUGCUGCAACGCUGAUCCUCACCAGGAACAAGAUUUAAGAGUAGGCGGGCAUAACACCGGAGAUCGCUACGACGUUAACGAUUUUAGACGUAGAGAAGAACUUGAUGAUAUCAUGAGAUUCCUUAUUCAAUAUGAAAAUAAAUUGGAAGACAGGAAUUUUGGUGGAAUGGAUAGAAAUACCAUACUUGGUCGUCUUAUAAACUAUGAAAACAAUCCUUUGAGAGGACCCACAAGUGGUUCAAGUUUCCCUGGACACGAUAUAUAUGGGGGCAAAAAUAUAAAUGGAGGGUCACCAGUUUUGACAAGAGAUAUGGAAGAUAAAAUGCAAUACGCUAGAUUUGUAGAUUCUCUGGGGGGUGGUAACUUUGUACGGUCUCUGGAUAGUAUAGGCGGAGGAAAUUUCGUGAGGAAUUUAGACUCAAUUGGCGGGGCUAAUUUUGUCAAGAGGACCUUGGAUUCAAUCGGUGGAGCUAAUUUCGUAAAGAGAACCUUGGAUUCAAUCGGUGGAGCUAAUUUCGUCAAGAGAAACUUGGAUUCGAUUGGUGGAGCUAAUUUUGUCAAGAAGAAUCUCGAUCAAAUUGGUGGACCCAAUUUGGUCAAGAGACACCUGGAUUCCUUAGGCGGUGGAAAUCUAGUACGUAAUUUAGAUUCCAUUGGAGGAGGCAAUUUCGUCCGACGACAGGUUGAUUCUCUAGGUGGCGGAAACUUUCAACGGAAUUUGGAUCCACUGGGCGGAGGUAACUUGGUUCGUGAAGUUCGAGAGUUACGACGCUUUCCUUAUUUCAUGGGAAGAAGAUUUGAAUACAACAGUCCAUAUGGAGGCAAGCGGGACAAUUGGCCGCUCGUGAUGCCAAUCGAGUACGGAUAUUACGGAGAGGGACUUCCCAAGCGCAAUUUCGACGAGAUUGACCGAUCGAACCUGGAUAACUUUGUGAAGAAGCGUAACUUUGAUGAAAUCGACCAGACUUCAAUGCCGUUCCCCUUCAAGCGGUUUUACCAUUUCGUCGGACCAAACUACCUGGACUCAGUAUCGAGCUUCGACAAGAAGAGAUACAGACCAGACUUCCCCAUGGACGAGAUUGACCUGUCUCAAUUCCCCAUCGGCUCGAAGCGCUCAUCCGGAAUGCCCGUUCAUACUCUACGAUAAACUGUCACUAACAAACAACUACCAAAACCAAAUCACAAAUCUUGCCAAACUUUUGCGUUGUAAUCAUUUCGCUGUCCGUCACGCCCGAAAAACAUAACUUAACUAAACCUGUUUUAAUAAGUUUUAUCCCCAUUUCGAAUUGAUGUUCGUGACUUCAAUACAUUAAUAAUUAUGCAAAAUACUCGAAUUAAUACUCAGCGAAUCCUUCUCGAAUUAUGUAGUUACUUCAAAUAAGUAAAUAAAAUUAUUUGAUGUAAAUUUUGAGUCAAUAUAAUAAAAUUAUACUUAGUAGGUGAUAUUUAAUUAGUAGCUCUAGCGGAGAGGGGGUGUAUCAAAUAUCUAAAUGUCUAAUGUUAUAUUUACAUAAAAGUAUCGAAGA